AUGAUCGAUGCCCAACAUGCCUAUUCCCCACCGCUGGGUCUGGAGUUUACAAUUCCUCUCCCUCCCUCACCCGUGGCGUCCCCAGUAGGAUGUUCUUCCUCAUUUGAAUUAUAUGAGGCAGAAUGCUCUCCUUUCAAGGCACCACUUGCGCCUACCAUGCGCACUCCCACUCCCGCUGGGGAACCUGUUCCUAUCCCGAUGCCGGAACCAAGGCCUAUUGAUGUAAGUGAGCCUGAGAUACCCGUGGUGAGCUCAGAAACUUGCACCACACCGGAACCAAAGGACCAGGAGCCUUUCACUACAUCCCCGGCUUCUACUGUUCAUAUCCCGUUGUCCAUCACCCCCGAGAGUACGGUCUCUUUCGAACAAUUUGCGACCCAAUACAGACGCUGCCAGCAAGUGGAGAUUGAGAAACAGGUUUUGGAACACCGUCUAAUAUCCACUAAAAUUUCGAUAUGUUUGUCCUCGAGGCUUCUCAGAACUGGCGCGACUGUACAGCGCGGUCUCGUUGACGCUUUCAAACAUGGAGAUAAAGCCGGCUUUAUUUCCAUAUAUAAUACGAUCUAUGAUAUCCAGGAAGCAUGCGAACUUGGCUCCAGUCGUUCCAUCAAUCGUCCGCAGUCCUUUCCGGAGGAGUCUACAUUUUCUCUACAAUCUCCCAGGACCCGUACCGCCAGUUUCAUGCAUCAGCUUAGCUGUCAAAGUAGGAAGGAUCUCCUGGAAAUCCUAGCUCUAGUCCGAACAGACGCCCAGUUCCUGGUCGACUGUAUUACCGGUUUGCUUCCAUCACAGCUCUCUUCACUGACUACUCCUCUUGGAUUUUCUGCCAGCGGGGAAACCAUCUCGCCGCAUUCCACUGCCCGGUCCCGGAAUUCUGCCACCUAUGCGAAACGUGCCACUCCUAAUUCUAUACCCUUCAAAGAACAUGCCUGGGCCCUUGAGCGAUCGGACCCACUUUCUGCGCUUCUUUACAAUGUUUUUGCUGUUCCACUAGAUUGGCACCCCGAGGAGUCAGAACUACGUCUGAAUGUUUGGUCUUCUGUGUGCGCAAAGCUACUAUCCUCUGGAGAUAAUAAAUACUUGAAUUUUGUUGGCCAGGUCCUAUCCUACUGGUCAACGGCUAGCGACUGGCGAGCCCGCCAAAAGGUUGAACUCUACCUUAUGGAUGUUUUGCAAAAGGGCGCGUUCCUUUUGGAAAAUAUUGAAAGCCCGGUAGCCCAUUCCCUUGGAGUUGAACCGCCGGAUCCUUUACGGACGGACGCUGCAGAGGAAUUCUUCGAAUCUGCUGUCCAAACUUUGUUUGAGGUUCUUGAUGAUUCAGAUGCUGGCCUUCCAUCUGCGGCCCUGGAAUUUUGCAAUGCAGUCUUGAAUAAACUGGCCGAUGCAGAGAUCCGGGAUCGCUUUCUGGAGUUCAUUUUUGUUCAAUGGUUUUUCUCUAGAUAUCUUUAUUAUGCCUUGACUUUUCCAGAGGGCCAAAGUUUAUUGCUCGACUUCCAUAUUAGCAAAGAAGCACGUGAGAAGCUUCUGAGCCAGAUAGCUUUACGUGCCCAGUCUCAGUUUUAUCGAGUCCUACAUUCAGUACCAGAAUUUUCUACUGUUAAUACACAGGUGAGACGACAUGUCGACAGCAUGAUAAAAAGAUGCCUGUACUCUUCCCACCCAGCGCCGGUCGCGGGGUCGAAUAAGUACGACGAGCAAGCAAGUGAUUCAUCCAGUUUCCUCAUGUUGUGUGCCGCCGACGUUGUCACCCUUUUGAAUGUCCUGUUUCCAAGAACCACUAACAGUCCCUCUGGCUCUUUGUCGUCAAAUUCAACCCAUCCAGCUCUAAGUUUUACACAAUAUAGCGGUCCUCGACGGGCAGCUCUUCCUGCUCACUGGUCCGGAAGGAUUGAAACUGUGCUUGAACGACCGACCAAGCCAGAUUCGAUCAAACAGGAAAACUCUCGACGAUCCCGGUUCCAUCAACGCGCAGAUGUUAUCCGUUUUGAGCUGUCUGAUCUUGGAGAAACAGAUGCCCGUCCAGUUCUGGAUCAUCCAUCCACGGAAGAUUGGACUCUACUAGCAAUUUCUGCGGACAUGAAAUCUUUGAAUUGGAAAACAUCCGGCGGAAAUUACUCUGAUGGCAUCUUUGAAGGCCUUUCUGACAAUGGUGAUCGGUCCGGAACGGUCCAACCGGAAGAGGAUUAUGAAGCACUCCAUGGGGCUAUACAAAAACUGGUCAACGAAUUUGAGACUCUUAGCCGAUCAAGAACUUCCCGUACUUCCCUCGUGCGCCAAAGUCGUUUCUCGUCAUUAAAAGAGAGGUUUGAUGCCGCGCGAUCGGUCUGUGAGAGUCGCUCGGAUUUCCUGGGCGCUCACUACUGGUGGACUGCGUCCAAUCAGCUAAUGCAAAGUCUCUCAAAGUCGAUUAACCCGCCGCCUAAUGACUCCUGGAUUCUUGGUCCUAUGCUUCAUUCAUCGCACGAUUCUUUCUCUAAGUGCAAUACAGUUAUCCAUGAAUGCGAAGAAGGUCUUUUCACUUUGAGUCCUCUGGUCGAACGGCUUAAAGAAUACAGCAGGAAGAGUAUCACCGGCAUGACCAAGCUAAGGAACAAAAUGUGGUAUAUGACCGAUGUCAAAAAUUCCAUGCGAUAUGAAGAUGCGAAACAUGUGGCUCUUGCACUGAAGACCAUGGUAUACCCAAACCUACAUCGCGACACCACAAAUGAGCACCGUUCCCGCAAUGGAUCCAGGUACCUUGGCGGAUCUUUUCUUCAAAAACCGGAAAUGCAUGUCAUGAAUGUGAUGAAAGCCUCGACAAGCCAAGGUGGUCCUAAUAAGUUGAGUGACGAGCAGGUUGAACUUACGCGAAAGUGGAUCUCUCAUCACGGUAUAGACAACUUCUGUCGUGGUGAGGAGCGAAUUCAUCGCUUUUGCUAUGAAGUCAAGUCUAGUAUCAACAAACUCGUUGGAGAUUCCAUGGCCGAGACGCCGGUUUUGUGGGCGAGCGAAUUGUUUCAGAGAGAACGUGCCAAAUUUGAAGGGCCUAACAAUAGAAGUUAUUCGCACAUUUCGCCGACACCAGGAGCCCGACCAUCCAGUAUCAGCAGCGAAGAAGCACUGUCUAGCAUGCCUUUCUCCAGCUUAAAUUUUCGCGGUGCAGAGUCGUUACGUCCAUCAGAACCAUCAUCAUCGAUAUACCAGAACCUGUCGUCAGAAACUUGGAAGUACUCACGUAAGCUCGAAUUGGAUACUCUAUCGUCCUCCGGUGGCUCGAGUAGCAGGGCUGCAUCCAGUUCCACCACUGAAUCCUAUACUACCUUCUGGUCACCUUCUCAGACACAGGCUCAAUCUGCGGCUAGCGCCUCCAGCUUUCAAUCACGCCCUCCAUCUAUGUUUAACGAUGCGCCGGCACCCCGUCGUACGGAGCGUACUAUACACGGAAAAACAACUUUCUUGGACGAUCUCCGACAAACAUUGACCAGCCUUUUGCUCAGUGAUCUGGGCUCUCCUGUAUGGAGCUGCGGUAGCGAGACGGAUGCAUGGUUCAUUGGCUUUCUCAAUCAGACCCGGGUACAAAGACAAAUGGACAAGCAAGCCCGGAUCCAGAAAUUCUUAGCCGAAUCUGAAAAGGCUAUACACCAGCGUCGCGGACGAGUGAUGAAUGGAGAACGAUACACAUCUCAUCGAAGGAGUGUAUCGGCUGAUCCAAUCUUGAUGACUGUGCAUGAUACUCCUAAGGUCACCACUGAGGGGCCAUUCGGCAAUACGUUAGGCGUACAAACUGCAGAUGAAUCAGCUUUCAGCUACAAAUCUGCGUUCUCUCAGCUAUUAGAUGUCUUUUCACGCAACGCUAACCCUUAUGUGAAACUUGGGGCUUUGCGAGAUCUGAGGGCGUUAGUCGUCGCAUCUCUGGACCGGGUUGGGGAUGCAUCCCCUACACCAACGCAGAAUCUCGUCAACUCUCAAGGCGUGUCUGCGGAAAAUCCGAGGGUGAGCCGUCGUAGCUUUACAGAAGAGCUUCUAGAGCAAGACGAUUCUUUCCGAAUGCAUACAUCACCAGCACCGGAAUCUAUUGACUUUGAUUCUCACCCAUCGUAUGACCUGUUGAAUACAUCAGAAAGUCGGAUAAUCACAGCAAUAAAGAAUAUCUUGAGGGAACUACAACCGAAGACCUUAUUCCGCGAUCUUCAGUUUGUAUCAGCUUUCGUUCCGAGUGAAACCUUGAAUAAGACAGACAGUGGAACUGCGUUCUUGCAAUUCGGACUUGCGGCGCUGUCACUUAAAGAAGAUGUCUGUGCCAGCAUGGUCGAGCUAGCGGAUCGGAUAGUGUCUCAAGAGCUCAACCGACGUCACACGCAGCAGGCAUUUGAUUUCAUUUCUCGGACGCAAGACCCCAUCGAAGAUGCGGCCAAAAUGUGGAUCAUAACCGCCAAAGAAGGCUAUCCUGUGGCCCAACGUGAGCUUGCUAUCUUAUAUCUGACACAUCCAGAAAUUCUUCCACGGGUGACUUUACCCUUAACCCUUCCACGGGACACUUUCAAGGCGGAAAUGAUGUAUCGGCGUGACAGGGAUUCCAAAUCUGAUCCGCAGAGUAUGUGCUUGGCGCUGCACUGGAUGCAGCUGUCUGCCAGCGGUGGAGACGAAUUAGCCAGAAAUCGUCUUCGCGAACGAGAAGAGUUUGAAUCUCUUGUUUGAUUUAUAUUCAUUCCAUCAUUUUGAUUUCCUUUUUCUUAUAUGUUUAUGCGAUCAUUUUUAAGUUUCACCUAUACCCCCUUUCUCAUCUUCGGUCUAUUCUUACGCUAUCUUUUCUUUCAUUCUAUUUUCUAAUUAAUAUGCGAAUCAACAUGUGAGAAGCGCGUCGAUUCUUGACAACAUAGCAUUUAUUCGACGCCUGCUUUCAUGGCAUUAUAUCCAUCGUUCUGUUUGCGUUGAUCGCUGACAGCAAUACCUUUUUAGGCACUCAUUCUUUUCAUACCAAUGUUGUCAUUUCUUCACCCGUAUAGUCAUUUUCCUUCUCGCCGGAGUUGAGAGUCGAGAUCAGUUUCGCUUCGCUUAAGAGGCGCAGUCCAGGGAGGCAGCUUGAAUGAUCUACAGGCAUUUUGUUUACCUAGGUAGUCGGUCUCUGUUGGUUCCAAAGACGGCGUCCACGGGCUUUUAGGAUACACUGAUUAACUAUAUAUACCAUUUAUAUAUUUUUGGCAUUAUUUGGCAGUUAUUCUACAGUGAAAGGCUUAUUGAACGUUUCUCCAAUGUCGUUUCUUGAAUUCCGCGGUUAUGAGUUAUUAGUGGCAGGAUAUAUUGCUGGUAUGCGGGAUUUUCUGCUUGUAGAUUUCUGUGAUGUCGGCAACAAACUGCAAGCUUCCUUUUUCAGUAACUGAUGGCUAAAUAAUAAAGAAUCAAAUCA